AUGAAGUCCGUGGCGCCCCGGACCCUCCUCCUGCUGCUCGCGGGGGCCCUGGCCCUGACCGAGACCCGGGCGGGCUCCCACUCCCUGAUGUAUUUCCACACCGCCGUGUCCCGGCCCGAACUCGGGGAGCCCCGCUUCUUCGCCGUGGGCUACGUGGACGACACGCAGUUCGUGCGCUUCGACAGCGACGCCGAGAACCCGAGAGUGGAACCGAGGACAGAAUGGAUACAGCAGAUAGAGCCCGAGUACUGGGACCGGCAGACACAGAUCUCCAAGAACAACGAACAGAUGAACCGCGUGAACCUUCAGACCGCGCUCCUCUACUACAACCAGAGCGAGGCCGGCUCUCACACCUUCCAGAGGAUGUCCGGCUGCGAGGUCGGGGCGGACGGGCGCCUCCUCCGCGGGUACCGGCAGUAUGCCUAUGAUGGCACGGACUACAUUGCCCUGAAUGAGGACCUGAGCUCCUGGACCGCGGCCGACACGGCGGCUCAGAACACCAAGCGCAAGUGGGAGGCGGAGGGUGUUGCUGAGCAAGACAGGGCCUACCUGGAGGGCGAGUGCGUGGAGUGGCUGCGCAGAUACCUGGAGAUGGGAAAGGACACUCUGCAGAGAGCAGACCCACCCAUAACACAGGUGACUCACCACCCAGUCUCUGACCAGAAGGCCACCCUGAGGUGCUGGGCCCUGGGCUUCUACCCCAAGGACAUCACACUCACCUGGCAGCGCGAUGGGGAAGACCUGAACCAGGACAUGGAGCUGGUGGAGACCAGGCCUACAGGGAACAGAACCUUCCAGAAGUGGGCAGCUGUGCUGGUGCCUUCUGGAGAGGAGCAGAGAUACACGUGCCAUGUGGUGCAUGAGGGGCUGCCUGAGCCCCUCACCCUGAGAUGGGAGCCUCCUCAGCCCACUGUGCCCAUGUGGGGAGUUGUCAUCAUUGCAGCCGUCCUGGUAGUUGUGGUCAUUGGAGCUGUGAUGAUGAUUAGGAGGAAGUGCUCAGGUGGGAAACGAGGGAUCUACACUAAGGCUGCAGUGUGAGACAACCGCCUUGUUGGGACAGACCUGCUGAAGUCCUCAUCUUGGUUUUCUUCAAAAAGCCCUGCCCUCCCUUCCUGCCAAGGCAGCUGAGUGUGUUCCUGUGGGCACAGUGUGAGGUGGGAGCCUGGCCCUCCCAGCCCAGCACGGGCACCUCUGACCCUGUCUCAAGUCAGGUGCAUCUGCUGCAGCUUCAUCCUACACUGUACAAUUCAUUUUUAACAAUUCCAAUCACCAGGUG